GGCACACACAAUCAAUACGAUUGAUUAAUCAAUCCGAUCCCCCUCUCACCCUCCGACUCUCGUUAUUUCUCCGAUCAGGCGAAUAGCUUGCCACCUCCUUUGCCUUUUCUUUUCUUUUCUUUCCCCAUUGCGCUCUCAUCGGCUCGCCUGCGUGAUUGCAUCGCGGUCCUCGGAUUGUUUGUUCGUGAAAGAGAGACAAGAAACGAUAGGAGAUGAUUCACGGAGAUAUGCAGCUGGAUUCCACCGUGAUCAGCUUGAGGCCCGGCGGCGGAAAUCGAGUCGGCAGAAUUUUCGCGAAUCGGUUCGACUCUGCGGCCUCUGGAGCCAUUGAUUCCUCCAAUCUCCCCGUCCUUCGCCCCCUUGGCGGCGCUGGCGAGGGCCUUUCGCUCACGAUUGGAGAUUCAAGAUUUGAAAGCCGUGAAUGCAUUCGUUACACUACUCAGCAACUUCUACAACUUCGUGAGGCUGCUCGGAUCACAGAUGAUAUUUUGAAACUUAAGCAGGAGAUAGAGGCAGAAUUUUUUCCUGAAGGUCGAACUUGGGGUCAUCGUGAUGCUAAUCUGGUAAGUCAAUCACAGAAUCACAAUUUUGAGCUGGACAGUCGGGAUUGGCGUGAUCGUUCUAGGCAAUCUACUACACAUAUAAAUGAAAGGUCUUGGGAUACACUACGCGAGCAUAAAGAAUCAAUUACAUUGAACUCCAGACACCAAGAAAUAAGCCAAUUCAAUAAGCAGGGUUCUCAAUAUGCUUCUUCUACUGCAAUGGCGGGACCUACUACUUUACUCAAGGCUGAAGUCCCAUGGUCUGCUCGAAGAGGCAAUCUCAGUGACAAGGAUCGGGUUUUAAAAACAGUCAAAGGUAUACUGAACAAGCUAACGCCAGAAAAAUUCGAUGUUCUCAAAGGCCAAUUGAUUGAUGCUGGAAUUACGACACCAGAUAUUCUCAUGGAUGUCAUUACUCUCAUUUUUGAGAAAGCUGUAUUUGAGCCAACAUUCUGUCCUAUGUAUGCUCGACUGUGUUUUGAUUUGAAUGAAAAGCUUGAUACAUUCCCUCCUGAAGAAGGAGGUGGGAAGGAGAUCACAUUCAAGCGUGUGCUCUUAAAUAAUUGCCAAGAGGCAUUUGAAGGCGCUGACAACCUGAGGGCUGAAGUGAGAAAAUUGACUGGGCCUGACCAAGAAAUGGAACGCAAGGAUAAAGAGAGAAUGCUGAAGCUCCGUACGCUUGGUAACAUUCGUCUGAUUGGUGAGCUUUUAAAGCAGAAAAUGUUGCCUGAGAAAAUAAUUCAUCAUAUAGCUCAGGAGCUUCUGGGGCAAGAUGGGAAAACCUGUCCAGCUGAGGAAAAUGUUGAGGCAAUUUGUCAGUUAUUUAAUACAAUAGGUAAACAGCUAGAUGAGAGCCCAAAGUCUCGUCGAUUUAAUGAUGCCUAUUUCAACCGGCUGAAAGAACUAACUAGAAAUCCACAACUUGCACCACGGCUAAGAUUUGUGGUUCGUGACGUGCUCGACCUUCGUGUAAACAGUUGGAUCCCUCGUCGUGAAGAGGUCAAGGCCAAAACCAUAAGUGAAAUUCAUUCAGAAGCAGAAAAAAAUCUUGGGUUACGUCCUGGUGCAACUGCAAGUUUGAGAAAUAACCGUGAGAGUGGUGCUUUAGGAGGUACGGGUCUUACUGGGUUUCCUAACAACAUACGUGGAACUGGUGGUAUGAUGCCUGGUAUGCCUGGAAUGAGAAAGAUGCCUGGAAUGCCUGGUUUAGACAAGGAUCACUGGGAAGUUCCACGCAGCACGUCCAUGCAAAGAGGUAAAGCUAACCGUGGCCAUGGUCCAUUGGUGGCUAAUUCACCUUCCAUCAACUCUAAGUUCUUACCUCAAGGUAGCGGUAGCACUAUCUCCGGAAUGACUAGUACAUUUUUGAAGGGCAGUGGCAUGCCACCUUCUACUUCUCCCCUUGUCUCAGGCAAAUCAGAUUCCCGAGAUCAAAGAGUAGUGUCCACAAGGCCUGUUGUUCAAAUAUCACAUCCAAUGCUUCAAGAAAAGCCAUUAUCAACAUCAAAAUUCAAUCCUAAUGAGCUACGAAAGAAAACAGUUGCUCUUCUGGAAGAGUAUUUUCACAUCAAGAUUCUAGAUGAGGCACUUCAAUGCGUCAAGGAAUUGAAGAGUCCAGAAUACCAUCCUGAAGUUGUUAAGGAAGCCAUAAACAUAGCUCUGGACAAAGGCCCUUCAUGUUUGGAUCCACUAGUGAAGCUUUUGGAGUACUUGAUACAUAAGAAAGUGCUUACUCCAAGGAAUUUGGGGACAGGUUGUUUACUUUACGGGGAAACUCUGGAUGAUGUCGGCAUUGAUUUGCCAAAAGCCCCUUCCCAUUUUGGUGAAGUUAUUGGUCAACUGCUUCUGUUCAGCAGAGUAGACUUCAAAGUAGUGGAAGAAACUCUCAAGAAAGUAGGAGAUUCCAGUUUUCAGUCUGCAAUUUUUGACGCUGUGCUGAAAACUCUUAAAUCAAGCCCUAGUGGCCAGGUCAUAUUAAAUGCACAAGCAGCAGGCAUGAAGGUUUGCGAGGAAUUGUUAGAAUGACCAGCGAUACCCCUUCUCGUGUGUUACCACAUUCAGCCAACAUUGAAACAACUCUGGUUGCAUGGUGAGGUUGCAUACAUCAAUCAUCCUAUGCUGACUGACAUUGGCAAUAUACUCGUAACUUGUCCCUAUUCAAAGACGAAAACCAUGAAGGCUGCUCCAGCUCAAGCAGUUAUGUGCCUCUCUAUUAAUAAGUGGCUACGUACAAAUCCAUUUUUCCUUCUCUUUAUGUAUUCCAUCUUUACAUAUAAGAUUGAGAAACAUACAGUGCAUUUUAUUCUGUGUGGUUCUGUGAGCAGCUACAAAGCUUAAAACUUGUACAUUAUUGUGAAAUCUUGUAACACGUCUGAAGAUUAACAAAUGUCAUGGCUUUGAUCCAUGGAAUAUUAGUUAUGACUUGUUUAGUUAUUAACAAAUGACUUCCACAGUA